UGUGGCUUCUGGUUGGGGAGCCAGUGUGUCCUAUUGCUAUCCAUAUGGAGAAUAUCAUGCCCUUCGCCUUGCUGGGACUGUGUGUGGGGCUGGCAGCUGGCACAGAGGGUGCAGUGGUGAAGGACUUCGACAUAAGCAAGUUUUUAGGCUUCUGGUAUGAGAUUGCCUUUGCCUCCAAGAUGGGUACACCUGGCUUGGCACACAAGGAGGAGAAGAUGGGAGCCAUGGUGGUCGAGCUGAAAGAGAACCUUCUGGCUCUGACCACCACCUACUACAGUGAGGACCACUGUGUGCUGGAGAAGGUUACAGCUACUGAGGGGGAUGGUCCGGCGAAGUUUCAGGUCACCAGACUAUCAGGAAAGAAAGAAGUUGUUGUUGAAGCCACCGACUACCUGACCUAUGCCAUAAUUGAUAUCACCUCUUUGGUGGCUGGGGCAGUCCAUCGGACCAUGAAACUGUACAGCCGGAGUUUGGACGACAAUGGGGAAGCCCUUUAUAAUUUCCGGAAGAUAACCUCGGACCAUGGCUUUUCAGAAACGGACCUAUACAUCCUCAAGCAUGACUUAACCUGUGUGAAGGUAUUGCAAUCGGCUGCUGAAUCAAGGCCCUGAAGCAGGGAUGGAUCUGAGGAGGAAGCAGCAGCUCGGCCUACCUGGCCUCUCCUUCCCUACCCAAGGGGUCCCCACACCUGUGCAAAAUAAAGCUUGCUACCACCCGC